AUGAAUGUCUCAUUUGGGGUAGGAGUUCGUGGUCAGCUUUUGCCAGGUGAUCCCAAGCCCAGCCACGUGGUCUUCCUGACCAACAAGUACCAGCACAGAUACGCGCUCUUCGAGACGGAGCGCUUGAUCAGUCCAACAGCUGGCGUUUUUGCUUGUUUCGUUUUUAUCAAGUUUUCCCAUGGCCUGCUGUACUCGCUCAACCGAGGUGAAAGUGGCCUGACUGGCUUCAAGGAGCUUGCAAAGCAUGUGCACCUGUCAAGCAUGGAAGAGGAGAUCGAAAGGCAGGCAGCCGAGAUCCAAAAGCAGGCAGACCAGAUCGUGGAUCUUAAAGAAAAGAACGCCAUGAGCCUCGCGACACAGGCAAUCCCGCCAACCGAAUGGGGUUGCCUGACGCCCCAGCAGAAGCUCAUGCUGCAGCUGUUGUUGGUCCUCAUCGCCUCCCUCGUGGCAGUGCCGUUGCCCUUGCUGAUCCCCAUCAAUGAUCCGAGAGAGGGUCCGCUAAACAACCUCGCAUUCUUCUAUGGCUACAAUGUCAUCUGCAUUGCCUACUACCUUCCCGCUCAAUACAGGCGGUUGCAAAUGCUGCUGGAGCUUCCCCCCGGCAAGAGUGCGGAUGGAGAGACGGUGCUGAAGUCCGUGGCGCACUCCAGUGCCAUGAGCUUCGUUCAACAGUCCAGCUAUGCAGAAAAGGUCAAACGGGCUGUGAGCUACACAUUGAUCAUCUUCGGGGCUGGCACGGUAUACUUCCUGUGUUGCCUUCCAUGGGGGACUGACAUGGUCUACUCUUACAGCAUGCUCUAUGGGGCUCCUCCCACCUUUGUCACGGUCGACUGGAUGUACCUGGUUCUACUUGGCCAAAGAUAUUGGAACUUGAAGACUGUGGUGCUCGUCUUCGUGUACAACUUCUUAUCACUGGCCCCUGUGCUGGUCUUGUGCGGUGUGGUGUUCACCUGCACCUACUUCAACACACCCGCCGCAGAAUUCUUCGGCGCCCUGGCGUCAUGGGUUGUGAUGGAAGCGGUGGGAAAAGCCUCCGACAAGGUACUUCAUACUUUGGUCCCCUGGGCCGGCUACAGCCUUGAGCACUACUACCAGGUCGGCAACGCCUUGGUGUUCUCCUCCGUGCUCACCUUCUCCGAGGUGAUCCUUUUUCCAAGUACCAACUCCUGGUGGGCGUUGGCUGGCGUUGUGCUGGUCGACACACUUGGCUCUCUGCUGCAGUUGCGCGUGCUAUACAAGUGCACAGUGAAGGACAUGCAGGAGGGGAAGGGCGUCAGCGAAACAACGAAACGAGCACUGUGGACGCAGUGCGAGAUUGAUGUGGCUCGCUUUUGGCCUGUAGUGGUGGCACUGCCGCCACUCGUUUGGCUCAUGGACGAGCGGAAUCCGAACCGACAGUACUACUACCUCUUUGAGUGCACCACCUCGGACCACAUGAAUAUCACAGUUGUCUGCAUCCUCGUGAAACUAGGUUGGACUUGUGUUCUGACGGGUCUGGACGUUUACAUGUGCACUCAAUGGGGGAUUGGUCCCCACAGAGCCCAGCAGAUGCUCAAGAUGUACAACAAGCACUGGGCAAUGAUGGCUGCCACUUUUGCCUUUGCCGGUGCCAUUUUCACAAGCUGCUGGCUUGUGAAGCACGACGGGCUGCGACUUCUUGAGAUUCUCAGCGAAUGUUGA